UACAUUUCACUCUUGGAAUUUCAGGUUUAUUUAAAGCUUGAUUCCAUUUACAGUCCCAACACGCUAACAAUUAUCACUCCAGACUUCGUUCUAAUGGCAACUCCAAGUUUCCGUAGAUUCACAUACGAUGUGUUCCUCAGCUUUAGAGGGGAAGACACUCGUUAUGGUUUCACUGGUAAUCUCUACAAAGCUCUCUGUGACAGGGGACUUCACACUUUCAUGGAUGAUGACAAACUUCAAAGCGGAGAGGAAAUCACACCAGCACUUCAGAAAGCAAUUGAAGAGUCUAGGAUUGCCAUCAUUGUGCUCUCUCACAACUAUGCUUCUUCCUCCUUCUGCUUGGAUGAACUUGCAACCAUCCUUCACUGCCAGAGUAAAGGGUUGUUGGUUAUACCAGUGUUUUAUAAGGUGGAUCCUUCUAAUGUCAGACAUCAGAAAGAUAGCUAUCAAGAAGCAUUGGCUAAGCAUCAAAAGAGGUUCAAAGGGCAGAAGGAGAAGUUACAUAAAUGGAAGAUGGCCCUGCAUCAAGUUGCUGACUUCUCUGGCUAUCAUUUCAAAGAUGGGUACCCACCUUACCAAUCUUUUUAUUUUAUUGAAAAUUAUAAUGUUUGGAACAGGGAUGCAUACCAGUACGAGUUUAUUGGGAGAAUUGUUGAACGGGUUUCUAGGGUGAUUAAUCAUGCUCGUUUACAUGUUGCGGAUUACCCAGUUGGCCUACUGUCACAGGUGCUGAAAGUCAAGAAACUUUUGGAUGUUGGAUCGGAUGAUGUUGUCCACAUGAUAGGGAUCCAUGGAAUGGGUGGGUUAGGAAAAACAACACUUUCUCUAGCAGUUUAUAAUUUGAUUGCUGAUGAUUUUGAUAGUUCAUGUUUUCUUCAUAAUGUAAGAGAAGAAUCAAAUAAACAUGGGUUAAAACACCUCCAGACCGUCCUUCUUUCUGAACUACUUGGAGAGAAGGACAUCAACUUAGCAAGUGUGCAAAGAGGAAUUUCAGUGAUACAACAAAGGCUUGGUAGAAAGAAAGUUCUCUUGAUUCUAGACGAUGUUGACAACAGAAAGCAGUUACAGGCAUUUGCUGGAAGAUCUGAUUGGUUUGCUCCUGGCAGCAGAGUUAUCGUUACCACUCGGGACGAACAGCUGCUAAAAUGUCAUGAGAUUGAAAGAACUUAUGAGGUGAAGGAAUUGAAUAAGAAUGAUUCUCUUCAAUUGCUUAUAUGGAAUGCUUUCAAAAGGGAAAAGGUCGAUCCAAGUUACAAGGACGUGUUGAAACGUGUAGUGACUUAUGCUUCUGGUCUUCCAUUGGCUUUAGAAGUAAUAGGUUCCAACUUGGUUGGAAAAAGUGUAGAAGAAUGGGAGUCUGCGAUUGAACAUUACAAAAGAAUUCCAAACGGUGAAAUUAUAGAGAUACUUAAAGUAAGCUUUGAUGCUUUGGGGGAAGAAGAAAAGAAUGUCUUUCUUGACAUCGCCUGUUGCUUGAAAGGAAGUAGUUUGAAAGAAGUUGAACAAAUACUUGGUGUUCUUUAUGAUAACAACAUGAAACAUCACAUUGGGGUGUUGGUGAAAAAAUCUCUCAUAAAGGUUGGGCGUGAAAGGUUUAAUGUAAUUGAAAUGCACGACUUGAUUGAGGACAUGGGUAGACAAAUUGACCUGCAAAAGUCACCCAAAGAGGUAGGGAAGCGCAGGAGAUUAUGGUUAGGGAAAGAUAUCAUUCAUGUUUUAAAAGACAACAAGGGAACUAGCGAAACUGAAAUCAUAUGCCUGGAUUUGUCUAUAUCUGAAAAAGAAGAAACGAUAGAAUGGAAUGCCAACGCCUUCAGAAGGAUGAAAAACCUUAAAAUACUUAUCAUUAGAAAUGGUAAAUUUUUCAAAGGUCCCAAUUAUUUUCCGGAAAGUUUGAGAGUACUGGAAUGGCAUGGAUACCCUUCAAAUUGUUUACCAUCAAAUUUUGAUCCGAACAAGCUUGUGACAUGCAAGUUACCUCACAGUUAUUUUACGUCAUUUGGAUUCCUUGGCUCAUCAAAGAAGUUCGAGAAUCUAACGGUCUUGAAUUUUGACCGGUGCAAAUUUUUAACACAGACACCCGAUAUGUCUGAUCUCGGAAAUUUAGAGGAAGUUUCAUUUAAAGAUUGUGAGAGUUUAGUUGAAGUUCACGACUCAGUUGGUUUUAUGAGUAAACUUAAAAUAUUGAAUGCGGAAGGUUGCAUCAAGCUUAUGAGUUUUCCACCUCUCAACUUGCCCACUCUUGAAAGACUAGAACUUUCAUNGGAUGCAUACCAGUACGAGUUUAUUGGGAGAAUUGUUGAACGGGUUUCUAGGGUGAUUAAUCAUGCUCGUUUACAUGUUGCGGAUUACCCAGUUGGCCUACUGUCACAGGUGCUGAAAGUCAAGAAACUUUUGGAUGUUGGAUCGGAUGAUGUUGUCCACAUGAUAGGGAUCCAUGGAAUGGGUGGGUUAGGAAAAACAACACUUUCUCUAGCAGUUUAUAAUUUGAUUGCUGAUGAUUUUGAUAGUUCAUGUUUUCUUCAUAAUGUAAGAGAAGAAUCAAAUAAACAUGGGUUAAAACACCUCCAGACCGUCCUUCUUUCAGAAAUACUUGGGGAGAAGGACAUCAACUUAGCAAGUGUGCAAAGAGGAAUUUCAGUGAUACAGCAAAGACUUCGUAGAAAGAAAGUUCUCUUGAUUCUAGAUGAUGUUGACAACAGAAAGCAGUUACAAGCAUUUGCUGGAAGAUCUGAUUGGUUUGGUCCCGGCAGCAGGGUUAUCAUUACCACUCGAGACAAACAGCUGCUAAAAUCUCAUGAGAUUGAAAGAACUUAUGUGGUGAAGGAAUUGAAUAAGAAUGAUUCUCUUCAAUUGCUUGUAUGGAAUGCUUUCAAAAGGGAAAAAGUUGAUCCAAGAUACGAGGACGUGUUGAAACGUGUAGUAACUUAUGCUUCUGGUCUUCCAUUGGCUAUAGAAGUAAUAGGUUCCAACUUGGUUGGAAAAAGUGUAGAAGAAUGGGAGUCUGCGAUUGAACAUUACAAAAGAAUUCCUAACGGUCAAAUUCUAGAGAUACUUAAAGUAAGUUUUGAUGCUUUGGGGAAAGAAGAAAAAUAUGUCUUUCUUGACAUCGCCUGUUGCUUCAAAGGAAGUAGUUUGAAAGAAGUUGAACGUAUACUUGGUGUUCUUUAUGAUAACAACAUGAAACAUCAUAUUGGAGUGUUGGUGGAAAAAUCUCUCAUAAAGGUUGGGCGUGGAUGGUUUGAUGUAAUUGAAAUGCACGACUUGAUUGAGGACAUGGGUAGACAAAUUGACCUGCAAAAGUCGCCCACAGAGCCAGGGAAGCGCAGGAGAUUAUGGUUAGGGAAAGAUAUCAUUCAUGUGUUAAAAGACAACAAGGGAACUAGAGAAACUGAAAUCAUAUGCCUGGAUUUGUCUAUAUCUGAGAAAGAAGAGACGCUAGAAUGGAAUACCAACGCCUUCAUAAGGAUGAAAAACCUUAAAAUACUGAUCAUUAGAAAUGUCUCUUUAUUUUCUUUGCAGAAGUUCGAAAAUCUAACUGUCUUGAAUUUUGACUGGUGCAUAUUUUUAACACAGACACCCGAUAUGUCUGAUCUCGGAAAUUUGGAGGAAGUUUCAUUUAAAGGCUGUGAGAGUUUAGUUGAAGUUCACGACUCAGUUGGUUUUAUGAAUAAACUGAAAAUAUUGAAUGCGGAAGGAUGCAUCAAGCUUAUGAGUUUUCCACCUCUCAACUUGCCUACUCUUGAAAGACUAGAACUUUCAUUUUGUUUCAGUCUUGAGAAAUUUCCAGAAAUACUAGGAAAGAUGGGAAACAUAAGGGUACUUCAAUUGCAAGAUCUUCCCAUUAAAGAAUUGCCACUGUCGUUUCAAAAUCUUGAUGGACUCGAAGAGUUAUCCUUGUCAUGUGAAAAUGUUCACUUUUCAAGUAGCAUUGCCACGAUGCCUAAAUUGUUUCGUUUUAGUGUUACUAAUUGCAGGGGGUGGCAAUGGGUAAAAUCAGAAGAUGCUGAAGAUAACUUUGGCUCAAUGGUUCCUUCAAAGGUAGAAUGGUUUGCCGCCUGGUCUUGCAACCUGGAUGAUGAUUUCUUUUCAGGAGGUUUGAUGCGGUUGGCACAUGUGCGUUGUUUAUUUCUACGGGACAAUAAUUUCAAACACCUUCCUGAAUGCAUCAAAGAAUUUCACAACCUCUGGGCUCUUGAUGUGAGUCAUUGCAAACAUCUUGAGGAAAUCAGAGGGUUUCCACCAAAAUUAGAACAUUUCAAGGCAAUAAACUGUAUAUCCUUGACUUCCUCCAGCUUAAGCAUGUUGCUAAAUAAGGUUUUAUCUUGCUUUUGAAUUUUAUGAUUGAUAAUACAUAGUGCUCUUAAUGUUGGUAAGCUAAUGAGUUCUUUAUGAAUUAUGGAUGACUAACAGGAACUGCAUGAAGCUAGAAAAACUGAGUUCUGGUUUCCAGGAGCAAGUUUUCCAGAGUGGUUUGAUCUGAAGAGCAGUGGACCUUCAUGUUCUUUCUGGUUUCGUAACAAGUUUCCUGCCAGAGUUCUUUCUCUUCUUA